GCUGCAGCAGAGGAGCAGAAGGAGCUCAGCCUGGAGUCAUCCACCACCCCUGCACACUGGGUCCAGGAGGCUGCGGGCAGGCAGUAGACUAUUGCUGAGGAAUUAAGGGGCAGGAGGGGAAGGUGCUCAGUACAGGUGAAUGGUCUCCACUGGGGGUGAUAGUGCAAGGAUAAUGAGUGCAGUCAUACUCAGAACUAUUAUAUCUGUGCUUUCCUGGAGCAGCCAGAGACUCUGAAGAAACUGAUGUCUAGGAGCUGAUUGUGUAGGUGCAUUACCUGAGAGGGAGGUAUCUACAUAGUGUAUGAUGCCUGUAUAUAUAGGGGCUUUGUAGUGUUAUAUGGACAUCGGUGCAUAUAUAUGGGUCUAGGCAGUGUAUGUAUAGGGGACAUAUAAGUGCUAUAGAGGACGCUGCUGUGUCUGGGGUCAGGGCAUGGUGUAUAGAUAUAUGCCUGUAUGUAGGGUCUGUGCCCGGUGAGGGGGUCUGUGGUGGCUGUAGUCACACUCUGGUCUGGCUGUGGCAGGGAUACUGUGCACAGUGUGCAGGGGGCUCCGACACAGGAGGGUCGUAGAGCGUUAGACAGCAGAGGAUCAGGAUCUACUGACUGGGGGACCCCUGGGAACCUUACACCCAGCACCUCUCAAUUCUGGCUGUGCAGGUCCUGAGGACAUGGCAGCAGUGCUGGGCAGGUGUACAUGUCGGACUCCUCGUCUAAGGGCAAUGGCUUUCACAUGACAAGACGUUGAGGUUCCCUACAGACUGCAAUGGCGAAAACCACAGUGGAGAGAUCACCAGUACAGCAACAGCCUCCCCUCCACUUCUGCCACUGUAGAAAUGAGGCCGUGGGCCUCCACCAACCAUAGCAGGGACAGUAGUUAUCAGCUUUCACAGCCUCUGCCUGACAUUGUGCUUCAUGCCACACGUUCUCCUCAUCCUUCUUCUGAUCCCAGACACCAGAAAGGAGAAGGAUGAAUCACUACAUCUGCUGCCUGCUGCUGCUGAGCUUUGUGCUGGACACGUCCACCUACGGACCGAACACCAGAGCCCAGAAGAAGGGAGACAUCAUCCUUGGUGGCCUCUUCCCCAUUCAUUUUGGAGUCAAUUCUAAAGAUGAGAUCUUGGAGUCAAGACCAGAAUCCCUCGAAUGUACCAGAUACAACUUCCGCGGGUUCCGAUGGUUACAGGCCAUGAUAUUCGCAAUCGAAGAAAUUAACAACUCCACCGCCCUGUUACCGAAUAUAACACUAGGCUAUCGGAUCUUUGACACCUGUAACACCGUGUCCAAGGCGCUGGAGGCCACACUCAGCUUCGUGGCCCAGAACAAGAUCGACUCCCUCAAUCUGGAUGACUUCUGUAACUGUUCAGAACAUAUGCCCUCCACCAUCGCUGUGGUGGGCGCCACCGGCUCCGGAAUAUCUACCGCAGUAGCCAAUCUGCUGGGACUUUUCCAUAUACCUCAGGUUAGUUAUGCUUCCUCAAGUCGACUGCUAAGCAACAAAAAUCAGUACAAAUCUUUUUUGAGGACCAUGCCCAAUGAUGAGCAACAAGCCACGGCGAUGGCCGACAUCAUUGAGUAUUUCCAGUGGAAUUGGGUGGGAACCAUUGCUGCAGACGAUGACUAUGGACGCCCGGGGAUUGAGAAGUUUAGAGAAGAAGCAGAAGAACGAGACAUCUGCAUAGACUUCAGUGAGCUCAUCUCACAGUAUUCACCCAUUGAGGAGAUUGAAAAAGUGGUUAACAUGAUCCAGAACUCGACAGCUAAAGUCAUUGUUGUCUUCUCCAGUGGACCUGACCUUGAACCCCUCAUCAAGGAGAUUGUCAAGCGCAACGUCACAGGGCGCAUCUGGCUGGCCAGCGAGGCCUGGGCCAGCUCCUCACUGAUCGCCAUCCCGGAGUACUUCCACGUCAUUGGAGGUACCAUCGGCUUUGCCUUGCGAGCAGGACGGAUUCCUGGGUUUCGUGAAUUUUUGCACAAAGUGCAUCCCAAAAUGUCCAACAGCAAUGGUUUUCUCAAAGAAUUCUGGGAGGAAACGUUUAACUGUUACAUGCCCGAGGGAUUGAAGAAGAACAGUAACACCACAGCUUGUACGGGGCAGGAGAACAUCACCAGCGUGGAGACGCCCUACCUGGAUUUUACUCAUUUACGGAUAUCGUAUAAUGUGUAUUUAGCCGUGUACUCCAUCGCCCAUGCACUGCAAGACAUAUACACGUGCACGCCCGGAAAAGGGCUCUUCACCAAUGGGUCAUGUGCAGAUAUAAAGAAGGUGGAAGCCUGGCAGGUCUUAAAACAUCUGCGGCACCUCAAUUUCACCAAUAAUAUCGGGGAGCAGGUAGAUUUCAAUGAUUUCGGGGACCUGAUGGGGAAUUACACCAUCAUUAACUGGCACCUGACAAAGGAAGAUGGUUCAGAUGAAGUUGUCUUUGAAGACAUUGGCCAAUAUAACGUCUACGCCAGGAAAGGCGAACGUCUGUUCAUCAAUGAGAGCAAAAUCUUGUGGAGCGGAUUCUCCAGAGAGGUUCCUUUUUCAAACUGCAGCAGAAUCUGCCAGGAAGGCACCAGGAAAGGCAUCAUUGAAGGAGAGCCCACCUGCUGCUUCAGCUGCGAGGACUGUCCAGAUGGGGAGUACUCGGAUGAGACAGAUGCGAGUGCCUGUGAGAAAUGUGCCACAGAUUACUGGUCCAAUGAAAACCACACGUCCUGCAUCGCCAAAGAGAUAGAGUUCCUGUCUUGGACAGAACCCUUUGGAAUAGCCCUGACAAUGUUCGCCAUCCAGGGGAUAUGCCUGACGUCCUUCGUCUUCAGUGUUUUCAUCAAAUUCCGCAACACUCCCAUCGUCAAGGCCACCAACCGAGAGCUGUCAUAUCUCCUCCUCUUCUCCCUGCUGUGUUGCUUCUCUAGUUCUUUGUUUUUCAUUGGAGAACCCGAGGACUGGACUUGUCAGUUACGGCAGCCGGCAUUUGGUAUUAGCUUUGUCCUUUGUAUUUCGUGCAUCUUGGUGAAGACCAACCGUAUCUUGCUUGUCUUCGAGGCCAAAAUCCCCACCAGCUUUCAGCGGAAAUGGUGGGGCCUGAACCUCCAGUUUCUUCUUGUGUUCCUUUGUACCUUUGUUCAAAUUGUGACUUGUAUUAUCUGGCUUUACAGUGCACCCCCGAAGAGUGCUAAAAAUCACGAAGAUGAGAUCAUUUUUGUCAUAUGUAAUGAGGGAUCAUUGAUGGCUCUCGGUUUCUUGAUCAGCUACAUUUGCUUACUUGCCGCAAUUUGCUUUUUCUUUGCCUUCAAAGCCAGAAAACUGCCGGAAAAUUUCAAUGAAGCAAAGUUUAUCACUUUCAGCAUGCUCAUAUUCUUCAUUGUCUGGAUCUCCUUCAUUCCGGCUUAUGUAAGCACCUAUGGGAAAUAUGUGUCAGCUGUUGAGGUCAUUGCCAUCCUGGCUUCCAGUUUUGGCUUGCUGACUUGCAUUUUCUUCAAUAAGGUCUAUAUCAUUUUGUUCAAACCAUCUAGGAACACCAUUGAAGAGGUUCGAUGCAGCACGGUAGCCCAUGCAUUCAAAGUUGCAGCCAGAGCCACCCUGAGACGCAGCAAUGUUUCCCACAAAAGGUCUAACAGCUUGGGAGGCUCAUCAGGUUCCACUCCAUCAUCUUCCAUCAGCAGCAAAAGCAACCACGAUGCACAUGUCGUAGCAGCAGAGCGAGCCAGGAGCUGCAAGCAGAAGGUGAACAUUGGGAGUGGAACCGUCACUUUGUCUCUCAGCUUUGAGGAACCUUCGAAAAAUUCUGUGUCCAACAAGGCUAUGAAACCCAAAAGAGAGGAGGCAAAGAACAGUGAUGACAGCUUGAUGAGACACAAGGCUUUGCUCCCGUUGCAAAACAGUGAUGCCGGCAGCGAAUCCAGCUUUAGAACAGCCUCCAACAUUGACGAGUCUGAGGCACAGGGUUAUACUGGUCAAGGCAACACAGACAAAUCUAGCAUGGCGGCUUCAACAAUUCAGGAGGAUAGGCAUGAUGUUGAUGGAUCCAUCAAAGAAAACAUGAUAAACUCCUAAUAAAUCUCUUAAGAUAGCAGUAAAUUUUAACGUCAG